UGCCGCGUCUCAAUCUGACCCGCUCGCGUAUGGCGGAGAGCAGCACGCACCGCUUUUCCCGGGACUGAGACGCGUCGCGCCCCGUCGCGAGACAAGAUAGUCGCGCGGACACGUGAAGCGGGCCCGGGGAUGUGCCGGACUGAGAUUGCGGCGAUACUAUGCGCUCUUCUUUUGUCGUGCCAGUUCCGUUUUAAACGGUAAGGGAGAUUAGAAGAUAAAAGCCAGCGGAGCAGCUCGCUCGCGGAACUGUCCCACUUCUUUCACGCGUAACGCAGCAUAAAUCACGCGCCACGGCCCCGUGCAGGCAGGCGCACGCUGUUCGUUUAUUAUUCGCCGUUAAACACGAUUCCUCGCUGCGGCGGAUUACGUUCAUCCCGAGCUGAGGUCAUGUUCGUUAGCUGUUAGCCGUUAGCCUGUCACGGGUUAGCUCCCGUCCCGGGAUUAUCACGGCCAUCCUCGCGCGUGGUGUCGCCUAACGUCGGCGCGAGAGGCCGUGACGGGCUCGGCGUGUGUGUUUUCUCCGCCGUCUGGCGCGUUUUGUUAUGGGCUGGAGCCUCCGCUGCGAACACACACGCUACUGUUCGUGUAGCCGUAGGCUAGCGCGAGCUGCGACCUACCGGGUUCGAUCAGCGCGAGCACCUCCCGUCGCUUCGCACGCAUUCCUGUCCCGACACGCACGCACCCAGAGCGGCGCGGACUAGCGCGCGCGCCCGCCGGUCUUGCGAGGCGUCGUAGUCUUGUUGGACCCUGCAGCUCCGCGCGCUCUCUGUGCUCUCUUAGGUGUCCCGCUCACGCCCCGGGAGACGCGAGCUAGCCUCGCGCGGACGCGUCCAUGGCUGCGAGCGCCGCCUUCUUCUCCAACGGACCCGUUCCGUGGACCCCGAGCGACACGGAGAUGAACAACGUCUACCGCGACCUCGAGCUGGGGACCGUGCUCACGCUCUUUUACGCCAAGAAGUCGCAGAGGCCAGAGAGGAGGACGUUCCAGGUGAAGCUCGAGACCCGCCAGGUCAUCUGGACCAGGGGCACGGACAAGAUCGAGGGAGAGAUUGACAUCCGGGAGAUUAAGGAGAUCCGUACGGGUCAGAAGUCGCGGGACUUCGAGCGCUAUGUGGAGGAUUCAGCGUCCAGACCUGACCACGCCCACUGCUUCGUCAUCCUGUAUGGAACAGAGUUCCGCCUCAAAUCUCUCAGCUUGGCAGCAACAUCAGACGAGGAGAUGACCAUGUGGGUGAGGGGUUUGACCUGGCUGGUGACCGACACGGUGUCCUCCCCUACUCCUCUGCAGAUAGAACGGUGGUUAAGAAAACAGUUUUACGCUGUUGAUCGCAACAGAGAAGAUAAAAUCUCCUGUAAAGAUCUGAAGAACAUGUUGUGUCAAGUCAACUAUCGAGUCCCAAACAUGAAGUUCCUACGAGAGAAGCUUCCGGACAGUGAUUUAAGAAGUGGAGACGUCUCUUACAGUCAGUUCGCCCAGCUGUACCGUAGCCUUAUGUAUGACGCCCAGAAAUCUAUGGACAUAUCACUCCUACAAAGGCCUGACCAGAAGGUUUCAUUGGAGGAUUUCCAGGGAUUUCUGAUAGAUUGUCAGAAGGAGCUCUGGGCCACCGACAGUAACAAGGUGCAGGACUUCAUGUUCAAUUACCUGAAGGAUCCACUAAGGGAGAUUGAGCUACCAUACUUUAUUCAGGAAGAGUUCCUCACGUACCUUUUCUCCAAGGAGAAUUCCAUCUGGGAUUCCACACUCAAUUAUGUGCGUCCAGAGGACAUGAACAACCCUCUUUCCCAUUACUGGAUUUCCUCUUCCCAUAACACCUACCUGACGGGAGACCAGUUUUCCAGCGAGUCGUCACUGGAGGCGUAUGCACGCUGCCUUAGGAUGGGGUGCAGAUGCAUCGAGUUGGACUGCUGGGAUGGCCCUGAUGGGAUGCCUGUGAUCUAUCAUGGUCACACCCUCACCACCAAGAUCAAGUUCUAUGACGUCCUGAUGACCAUCAAGGAGCACGCCUUCAUCACGUCCGACUAUCCCAUCAUCCUCUCCAUCGAGGACCACUGCAGUAUCGUGCAGCAGAGGAACAUGGCUUCCUACUUCAGGAAGGUCUUUGGAGAGAUGCUCCUCACCAAAGCUGUGGACAUCUCCGCCGAUGGCCUUCCCUCACCCAGUCAACUCAAGAGGAAGAUUCUCAUCAAGCACAAGAAGCUGGCGGAGGGAAGCGCUUAUGAAGAGGUUUCCACGUCGACUCCCUACUCGGAAAAUGACAUUAGCAACUCCAUCAAGAAUGGAAUUCUCUUCCUCGAGGACCCCAUCAACCAUGAGUGGUAUCCUCACUUCUUCGUCCUGACGAGCAGCAAGAUCUACUACUCUGAAGAGACCACCAGUAACCAAGCCAACGAGGAUGAGGAGGAACAUCGUGAGAUGGGGAACGGCAUGGACCAGCACGUGAGUGAGAAGUGGUUCCACGGCAAGCUCGGAGCGGGCCGCGACGGGCGCCAGAUCGCCGAGCGCCUGCUGUCGGAAUACUGCCUGGAGACAGGAGCGCCCGAUGGCUCCUUCCUGGUCCGAGAGAGCGAGACGUUUGUGGGAGACUACACACUGUCCUUCUGGCGCUCUGGGCGAGUACAGCACUGUCGAAUCCACUCACGCCAGGAGGCUGGGAGCCCCAAGUUCUACCUGACGGACAACCUGGUGUUCGACACGCUCUUCGCCCUCAUCACACACUACCAACAGGUGGCACUGCGCUGUAACGAGUUUGAGAUGAAGCUGACUGAGCCCGUACCCCAGACCAAUGCCCACGAGAGCAAAGAGUGGUACCAUGCGUGUUUGUCCCGUAGCCAAGCUGAAAACAUGCUGAUGAGGGUUCCACGUGAUGGUGCCUUCCUCGUGAGGAAGAGAACAGAAUUGAAUUCCUUUGCCAUCUCCUUCCGAGCGGAGGGCAAGAUUAAACACUGUCGAGUGCAGCAGGAGGGGCAGACGGUGACGCUCGGCAACUCGGAGUUCGACAGUCUGGUGGACCUGAUCAGCUACUAUGAGAAGCACCCUCUCUACCGCAAGAUGAAACUCCGUUACCCCAUCAACGAGGAGACGCUGGACAAGAUCGGCACAGCAGAGCCGGACUACGGGUCUCUGUACGAGGGACGCAACCCCGGGUUCUACGUGGAAGCUAACCAGAUGCCCACCUUUAAGUGCACUGUUAGAGCCAUGUACGAGUACAAGGCCCAGAGGGAUGAUGAACUGUCCUUCAGUAAGAAUGCCAUCAUUCAGAAUGUAGACAAACAGGAAGGAGGCUGGUGGAAAGGUGACUUUGGGGGCAAGAAGCAGCUAUGGUUUCCUGCCAACUACGUGGAGGAGAUCAGUCCCACAGCAGUGGAGCCCGACAGAUCUGCGACAGAGAACAGCCCUUUGGGAGAUCUCCUGAGGGGAAGCAUGGACGUGUCUUCCUGCCAGAUCGUGACGAGGCACGAGGGAAAGGGGGCUAGGCCGUAUGUCUUCUCGCUGAUGUCCAUGGGCUCUCUGCAACCCGGCCCCGUUCUGGAAGUGUCCGCCAGUUCUCAGGAUGAGCUCAAAGACUGGGUCCAUAAGAUCCGGGAGGUCACCAUGACCUCAGAAGCCAAGCUGGAGGAGGGGAAGAUGAUGGAGAGAAGGAAGAAGAUCGCCCUGGAGCUCUCCGACCUGGUGGUCUACUGCCGGCCCGUGCCCUUCGACGAAGACAAGAUUGGGACAGAGCGAGCCUGUUUCAGGGACAUGUCCUCGUUCCCGGAGACCAAGGCUGAGAAGUACGUUAACCGGAUCAAAGGCAAGAAAUUCCUGCAGUACAACCGGCUGCAGCUGUCUCGCGUCUACCCGCGUGGCCAGCGCCUGGACUCCUCCAACUACGACCCCUUACCCAUGUGGCUUUGUGGCAGCCAGCUGGUGGCGCUGAACUUCCAGACCGCAGACAAACCCAUGCAGAUGAACCAGGCCCUCUUUAUGCUAAACGGAAGGAGUGGCUACGUGCUGCAGCCACCAAUCAUGCGAGACGACAGCUUUGACCCCUUUGACAGGCACUCUCUGAGAGGGGUGGAGCCCGUCACACUGAUCAUAGAGGUAUUGGGUGCACGCCACCUCCCCAAGCAUGGCCGUGGCAUCGUGUGCCCACUCAUCGAGAUCGAGGUGUGUGGUGCAGAAUACGACAACGCCAAGCAGAAGACCGACUCUGAGGCGGAUAACGGCCUGAACCCCACGUGGCCACGGAAGUCCUUCCGGUUCACCGUGUGUAACCCCAUGUUUGCGUUCCUGCGCUUUGUUGUGUACGAGAUCGACAUGUUCAACGACCAGAACUUCCUUGCACAGGCCACCUUCCCCAUCAGCUGCCUCAAAACAGGCUUGAGGUCAGUCCCGCUGAAGAACAGUUACAGUGAAGAUCUGGAGCUGGCGUCUCUGCUAGUGCACCUGGACAUUAGCCGAGGCAGGCAUGAAAACGGGGAGCUCUCUCCGUUCCUGGGUCCGAUGGCAGGAGCGGUUGGGCGGGAGCGUCUGGGAGACGCGGGCUCGGUGUCCUCCGGCUCCUCCAUGUCUCCGCUGCCCUCGUCUCCGGGACAGGCAGGACACAGGGGACGCGAGGGCUCCUCUGAAGCCCGUUACCAAUCCCCAGUAGAGGACUUCAGAGUAUCGCAGGAGACCCUGCUGGAUCACGGGGACCCCCAGAGCAGGAGGGUGAUGCGGAGAACCCGGGUCACUGCAGACAACCGUGUGUAGGCUCCGCCCCUCAAACGCCUACCCAGAGCUCAAGGGUCUGUCAGUGCUGAUGAUGUCAUGGACUGCUGUGAAACCUGUUUCCAUGGAAACGUCACCAGCGCUUUUGGCCUACAUUUCAGGCAGAACUCCUCCCCCCCUUCUCUCUCUCCCUCUCCCCCUCUUUCUCUCUCUCUCUCUCUCUCUCUCUCUCUCUCUCUCUCUCUCUCUCUCUCUCUGUGUCUCUCUGAGAGGGGAAGCAGAGCUGGGAGUGAAACAUUUGGUUUUGGAGAGCAAUGAGAAACUGUUAAGCAGCCCCCCAGAUGGCCAGAAGGGGGCGGUUGCGAGUGCAGGCCACGCAGCAGUCUGGAGGCCACUGGUCCAGACCUGGGAGGGGACGCUGUUGCCCACAUCUGUCUGAAGCUGCUCUGCGAAGGUCCCCCUGUAUGUCCCCUCUCUCUGGCAUGUAGAAAUAUGUGGGUUUAUUUAUUCCAAUGCUGCUGUUGUCCAGAGAACGACUACAGCUUAUCUGCUCUCAAAGAGCCUCUCUUUUGUUUUGUUUUUUUGUUUUUUGAAAAUUAUUUAAACAGCAAUUUUUAACUUUCAUAAUGUGACUUGUUUUAUUUCCUUCUUUUAAUUAACGCGUCUAACAUCUAAUUAAUGUGUCACAAAGGGCUCACGUUGCCUUUCCCUGACCUCUGCUGUCUUCUCCCCCACCACCGAGUCUGCAACGCUGAGUAAACACGACCCAGUUUUGGUUUGUUUUUUUUGUUUUUAAGUCGGGCAGAAACGGGGGCAGCCACAGUUCAUGUGUUUUGAAUUCUGGGGUCCUUCAGGAAAGUACAACAGGCUCAUCAAAGUCACCUUUCACCUCACUGAUUUAAAUGUCAUUAUUAAUAUUUGUAUUAUUAUUAUUACUACACGACCCGUUUGUUGUGGAGUUUUUUGUUUGUUCCACUUCCUAAUGUGAAGGUUGUCAUGUAGACCCAAGGGCUUGGCGGGGAAGAGAUUCGCUUUUAUGUUGACUCGACCUGUGUCCGGCUGGUCCACCCAGCCUGCGGCGUUGAAGCAUUACGUUUACUGCGUUCUUUCUGUUCUGAUUAUGAAGACCUCGACUGUCUGAGCACAUCUGCCCUCUCUCUCUCUCUCUCUCUCUCUCUCUCCUUAAUCUGCAUCACAAUCCUGCAAUAUUUUAGACGUUAUUAUUUUUUAAUACAUUCCUGUGUUUUGUGUAGUUUUAAGUUCUUGUGCUGUACACGUGGGGUCCACUUCUCCUUUGUGUUAACUCCGUGUCUCCCAGACUGGUGUGGAGGACGAACCCUCCACUGCUGGUUUAUUUUUUUUGUUUGUUUGUUUGUUUUUGUUUUUUUUAACUCAAAUGAACUCAACACUUGUACCAUCUCAAUGCUGGGUCUGUCUGUGCUGUGUAGGUCUACAAGACUGUGCUAUACUUGCUGAAAUAUUAUUUAUGUUUUGGUUUUGUUUUUUUUUUUAAACUUUUUUACAGUCCGCAGUGUCGUGUUUUUCCCUUUUAUUUAUCUUCGCGUUAAUGAGGCCCCAGUUUCAGUUAUGGAAACACUGAAUGUUACAACUGACUAUAUUUAGCGCUGUACAGACCAAAGUCACCUGAAAGAACAAUGGAGCAGAGGCGGACGAAGUUCCAGUAGUCCGCCACUAGAGGGCAUAACUCCAACACGCAGGUCUUCACACAGUCAAGUACAUUGCUGCUCCAUACACACACAUUU